GAGAUUACCGCACGCAUCUCCGGCGCUUAUAACGUUCUCUCUCUCCUGCUGCUGAUUGUUAUUCAUCCUACAAAAUGGCUUCUCUGUGUUUUUGUUCUCUAAUUCAUCUAUUCGAAGCCAAAAGAUUACGGCCACCUCUCUCUUAGCUUUCUUUGUACCCAGCAGAACGAUAGCUUCCUACCCAAUACAAAAUGCAAUUCCAUGUGAGCUGUUGUAGCUGCCUUCAAAAGUGAACACACAAGAUCAGUAAAGGUUGCCCGCUUCACCUUCAUCACCCAGCGAGCCGUUGGACAAUGUCUGGUUCUGGAGAUCUGCCAGCCAUCGAGGGCCCGGGGAUGGGCCUCCCCUUGGGCAUGGCGCGCCGGGGCCUUAGCUACGAUGACAACAUGGAGGCCCCCAUGUCCACGCCCCCGCUGGACGUCGGCAUCAACAAUCCCUGGCGGCGGCCGGUCAUACCGGAGAGGAGGUUCUCACACCUGGCCGAGGAUGAUGAAAGCGGUGGUGCUUGCGUCAGCCGGCGCAGCAGUAUCAACAUUGCCCCCACCAGGUCACCGGUGGUAGUGAAGACCAAGGCCUCCUCUAUCAUCAUGAACUCUCUCAUCACGAAGCAGACCCAGGACAGUGUGAUGAGGUUUGAGCAGAGUGCGGGGCUCACUGAUACCAGCUACACGCCACACAAGGGACUCACUGCGGAGGAGACCCGCCACCACCACCGCAUGCCCGAAUCAUUCCACAAGCUCCAGAUCCAGAGCAAGGAGUCCCGGGAGGACUCGUCGGCCCAGUCCACCCCCUCAAGCACCCCCCACAGCUCACCCAAGCAGAAACGCAGGAGCUGGUUCAGCAGUACAGGCUCUGAGCUCAGUGUGGGCUCCAACACCAGUGUGGACCUGGUAGGAGGCGAGCUGGGAGGGGACAGAGGAGGAGGAGGGGGCGGGCAUGGGGGUGUCGUGGAGCGCUGGGGCGUCUUCGGACCGCGGCCCCAGAUCCAGAAGACCGACUCCGACCUGUCCGAGUCCACGCCUGCAGCUGGCUUUGCGCUCCAGGCCUACCGCGGAGCACAGAAACCCACCGCCAUGGAGGUGAUGAAGGCCCAGGCCCAGCGGUUGGCCGAAGACGGUGCCGCUCAGACGGUAGCCCCGCCCAAGAUGGAGAUCCCCACGGUAGAGGGGCGGAACCGGGGGGCGAAGCCGCACAAGCUGAAGCCUCGAGAUAUGAACAUCCUGACGCCGUCCGGCUUCUAGAGAGGCCGCCGGGCGUCUCCCUCACUGCACCGCCGUUCUGGCAGGAUCCCGGGCAACAACGACCAGGAAAAAGAUUCCGUUUCAUUAAAGCAGAAGUAGCAGGCCAGGAAAAAUAUCUGUUCCUUAAACCUGUCCGUCAAAAAUACUGCCCACAGACUUCCCUUUACUAACCCAAACAUGACAUGCAUUUUUCAAUGAAGCAUUUCCUACUCAUCCGCAUGUUAGGCCUAAGCUUGCAUUAUUAUAGUCCUACACAACAAAGUUGCUCUUGUACACACACCUGCAAGUUUGCAAAUGUUUUGUGAGUCUCUUCAACAAUUGCUUGGUCGGUCGGUCUGUCUGUCUGUCUGUUGUAAUGCAACAUCCUGAUGAUCCUCAAGAUACAGCUCAACAUUUGCUCUUUGUGUGUGUGCACGCUUGUGUCAACUGGCCAGUUCUGUAAUUACUAUGUUUUGGGUUUUUUAACUUAUUUUAGAGCAUUCAGGAACAAUGUAAGCCAAUGAAGUGCUUGAGCUGCUAUUAAUGAAGAACAACAUUUAUUAUUUACAUUUUGUCAUUUUCACAGCAGUAGAUGCCCUGCUCACAUUUUUCCCUUAUUCUUUAUGUCGUUUAUGUGUGUAAUAGAUGCAAAGGCAGAUGAUCCCCUAUAAAUGACAGAAUAAAGGGACCAACCACCAAAAUAUAUAUUUAUCAUAGAGGACACCACAUUUACAAAUCACUUUAUUGAGAAAAGAUGUUGACUAAAAGUUAAAACUGGAUUUUGUUGUGUUGUACCAGAAAAACAGCUUGUUGGAAAAAAGAUGUAUUCCUAUGGUUUACUCCUCUAUCCCAAAUGCUUUAUUGUAGCCAUUGUCCAAUGUUACCAUUAAUGAUGAUGAUUUAUGUGUUUAUCUUUCCUUUGCUGCUGACUUUUAGUUUUAGUUUUUGUUGAAGUUAUUGUUUAAUGUCCAUUAAAUCUAGCUAUAUUGUGUGA